AAGAUUAAGAUAUGUUGUGUGUCACUUUGGACUAAAGAUUAAGAUAUGUUGUGUGUUACCUUAGACUAAAGAUUAAGAUAUGUUGUGUGUCACUUUGGACUAAAGAUUAAGAUAUGUUGUGUGUUACCUUGGACUAAAGAUUAAGAUAUGUUGUGUGUCACUUUGGACUCAAGAAUAAGGUGAACAUUUCGAGACGGCACUUUUUGUUAUCUCAGUCAUUCAGGUUACGGAAGACCAACUGAAUUUUUUUGGUCCAAGAUAAAAUCCAAUUCGGGUUAUAAACUGUCUGUCUUUUUGUCCCAGUUCACAAGUACUAAUAUUACAUUGUCAGUAACGUGAAUAAAAGAUAAGACGUUAACAGCUGCCUGUGCAUGCCUGUAAUAAAAACUACAUGUACUUUUCAAUAUGUACCGGAAACGCACGAAUCCAUGAUUGCCGGAAAUGGCCGAUUACUGGAGUCCAAGUGGAUUUAAGAGUAACCGGAAAAGCCCGAGAUGUUUACGAGUGAGAACACACCUAAGAUAACAUUAACCGAGUGUCCUACCAUCGUUUAAAGGACCUGCUGAUAUUCACCUACCAAACAUCAUGUUGAGAGUGUGUUAUAUUGUGGUGUUUCUUACCCUGGCUGUCGUUCAGGCACAGCAUAACGGCCAUCACCACAACACUGAACACGGAACCGUGUCCUUUGUCUACGACCCAGUAUCGCACUACCUGGUUGCGCGAACACAUUCUACGUGUUACUUCAUGGCGCUAGAUAACCAUCAAGUACAUCAAAUCCAUCAAGUGAACGGUCUAGAUCAGCUGGAGUUGCAAAUGAUGGCUUCUAUCAAUGGACAAGAAGAGGAACUGAGCUCAUCUGUUCAGGCUCAGCUAUACAGCAUUGUGGAGCAUAGGUGUAACCACCACACGCUAUACCUCACUAACGCUGGGGCGACCACAACUCCAUCCCAUUAGGAUGUUCACGGUUCGACAUGUCAAAUGUUGUUAUUAAAACCAGGUCAACUGACAAAUAAAUACUUGUACAAAUGUGUCAGUCAUUUAUUCACAAUUUUUUCACAUUUUUUGUUUUUCCUUAGAAUACACGAUACUACCACGUUGUUGCCUUCGUAGUGUUUAACACUACGUCAACUUCUUUAAUAAAUGUUUUGAUAUCACCUAAAACAACAUAAUAAUCAGUUUGUGAGUCAUGCCUGGACCAUAGUUGUUUGUAUAUAUGUCUCAGUGAUAAACUUUAUAUUCACUGGAUAGUUUCUUUUAUCACUGCCGUCAUGUCUGUGUUUGAAAUUCCAAUAAAAUGAUGUAUAAAUGAUGUUUUAUUUGGCUCAUUCGUCAUGUUGUCAUCAACAGUGCCGCUAAACGUUCGUUUAUUGGUCGAAACAGAAUAUCUGGUCGUCCAGGACCACACAGCCUUCGCCAA